AUGAGACAAAUUGGUGGUGAUAAUAACGGUAAUAUGGAGUUACUUAAGAGUCAAAAAGAUGAUAGUACAGCGUCAAAAUUAUCUUACGUUUUCAGAGUGUUCUACGGCUCAUUGCAGCUGUAUCUCAAGAAAGAAAUUAAAAGAGUUCAUGACGAGGAGAACAAAAAGAAAAAUCCUACGCCUCCAGAUAGAGAAAGUAUGUAUAUUAAUAAGGUCGAAACUAUUUUUACCGCACUUCAAGAUUUACUCAACCACAUCACCAAGGAGAAACGGUAUGACUAUCAGGUGCCGCAAAAACUCGACGAGCUAGAAUCAGCGGUAUCUCAGCUGAUACCCGACGGAUUUGAAAACACGAACACCCCGGUACUUGAUGGUAUCGUUAAGGGAUUGGGCAAAUUUAUUGAGGAGUUGAGGAAGGUGUACAUCUCGAGGUAUGACAGUGAGAAGUUUGAAGGUGAUGUGGUACUUGGUAAAUACGAAAUUAGCACCUCAGGAAACAAGCAAAUUUUCGAAUCCACUGACUACGGUAGGAAGUGUUCGAAGGUAUUUUUGACUUCACUAGAGAUACUGACUCAUGACAUUGGGCAGUUAACAGCGAAGUGUGGUACGAAAGGUACUUGUGUAACCAAACUAAUAAAUUUGGAAGUUACUAAUAACCUCAUGAAUCCACUUGGCGUUUUUCUGCGUGGGUGUGGUUUUGUGGUUUCCAAAUUGCGGGAUUCUCAUGAAGGCGAGUUGAGGAACGAGGCGCGGUUCACGGGCGCGCAAAUACAAUCGACGCUACUUAAUUCUGCCAUUAAAGAAGCUGGGAAAAUCGAAACACUCAGGACAUGGAAAGAGGAGAAGAAUAGAAAGGUUACCGCUAGUGCUUCACAACAGGGCACAGUCAACAUUAUUCUACUGGACGUUAUCCAUUUCCUCUUUGGCAAACUUGAAAGCUACUGGAGAGUAUGUCACUACUACAUCCCUUCACAUCCGAAAACGCCGUCCAACGUAUAUCAAAUGCUUCAGUGGCUCGACGGCCUGUGGCUCAAUCCAGCACUCACUUCCGUUUACAAGUCAAUCAAGGACCUGUUCAAAAAGCCUGAAAAGGCCGAAGAUAUUAACAACCCAGCCAAGUACAAAUUAGAAGCAUAUCCAUCUGAAAUUACGUAUGCCGGUUUAGCGGCUCUCCUGAAAAGCGUUUGCUUCUACUCCCACGAUACGUUGAUUGUCAUCCUCGGUCUGGGUGACGCCGACGGGAGAUACGCCGUUGAGUUCCGUUCGAAUCCCGACGGUUUGUCGUAUCCUAGCAAUGCGGGUGCCUGCUUCGAUAUGUUCACAGACAUCUUGAAUAGAGUGUAUCAUCAACUUCGCUUUUUAUAUAGGCAGUGUCAGAACGGUACCGGUCGCAGUGGCUGGGAAGAUUGCUAUUAUGGCAAAGGAGUCGGUGGCUCAGCAUGGAACUGUAACACCAUGCAAUGUGCCAAACAAAUCCGUGGUCAAACGUGUCCCCAAAUGGUCAACCAAAGGGCUGACCAAAUAGGUAACCAAAAUGAUAACCAAACGUGUGACCGGCAUCCUAGUUGCGGACUAAAAUCGCCACUUCAGUCAUUCUUAGAGGACGGAUUACAGGGCUUCCUCCCGCAUUCGUUUACAAAACCUGGGUGUAAGCUGGAAUGCGCUGUGCCGAAUCACUUCGGUAAACCAUGCCUUACUCCCAUGGGUUUCUCAGAUAUUACUAUUACAGCUUCUCAUUCACCUAAAGGGAAACGUAUUAAGGACCUCCUUGAACGUUUCUGCGGUAGGCCGAAUGCACCUUUGGCUUCACUUUGCGCUUCCUUAACAUGUGUGUUACAACGUGCUCCGCAGACGCUCGGCGAUAUGUUCGGUUUUUUCCAGGGAUACCUGUCUAGCUGGAGCGGCGGUGGCAUAAAGCAUAAGCAUGAUGCAUUUAACGAAGCUGUAAAAAAAGCAUAUUUCGACGUUCAGUAUGACAAUUUGACCGUUACUUCGAUACAACAGAGCAGUAAUCACACAAAUGGCAAGCAUCUCACCGGUGACCUCUUCUCACUCAUUGAAUGCAAAACUGACAGUGACGUUCCCGUCCAUCCAUGCGGAGCAUACUUGCAGGCUAUUUGCGAUGAUACCCGUGUAAAGUAUUCCAAAGAACACGCGGAUAGAUAUCUAUCAUGGGUUGUAUACAUUACUGAAACAUUCUACGAUCUGCUUAAAAAGCUGUACGACGAGUGCAGUAGUAAGUGCGGCGAUGAUAAGCCAAAGUGUCGUACGGGUAAAUGCCCUGACGGCUGUGAUACACAAAGGCUGCCAAUGUCUGAAAUUGCCAAACACCAUGCCUCCUGUAGCUCAAUUUUAAAAUGCCCGUCUACUCAUCCAACACUAUACAAAUAUGGCUUCACAUUUGGAAGUCCAUUUUCAUUAAGCGGCGAAAAAUCGGAAACGACAAAACGUACGUGCCACGAUUUCUGUAAGGUGUUAAAAAUCGUCGUGAAAGAGAAUAACGCACUCCAUAAAUUGGCUCAUGAAAUCAUUCCCCAAUUCCUAUGGGACAUCCGACAGAAAUUCUUCUGGACCACCGUCGCCCUCUGGCUCCUCUCCUUCCUCUACCUCCUCCACAUCAUGGUCAUCCGCCUCGACCUCCUCCACAUCAAAUCUCACUUGCACUCACCAUCAUCUCAUAGGAUAGCUGCUCAAUCACUACUCGCCGCCGCACGUGUUAACAAGCUUAACAGAGUGUUUUAUCUACAACCGUAA